CACAGAUCCUGUUGGAGAGGGAUUAGACUACUUAAGAGCGAAUGCACGCCUCUCCCUUUAUCACACCGCUGCAGACCGUUCCUUUGGUUGAAUAAGCUGGACGGCAUUUUUGUUGUAAUUAUCUGUCUGCUUUAUUUGAAUUUUGCUGGGGGUGGCGCACUGCUUGGGAGAGCUUGAUAUUAACCCUCUGGCACAGGAGAGAUGGACAGUGCGUGAUAAGAUUUGAUUUCAGACGUUUUUGCAGAAGCGCCAUGGCGUAUGCAGCAUAUUGGCUGUCCAUUAAUGGCAGAUCAGUUUGUUCCCAAGUUGGAGACAAUCGUGGUAGCGGGUCUACAGCCUACAGUUCUGCCUAUGGCCAUAUUAAGUCACAGCCCAGCCAGGCUACGCCCAAGCCGGCGGCUCAGGUCUCCACUGGGAAGCCUGCACAGUUUGAGAAGGCAUCAUCAGCCUCCAGCAUGGCUACAAAGCCUGGGGUGGUAACCACAGCAACAGGCGGAGCUGCAGGAAGUGGUGUCACAGCAGCAGGAAGUGUCUCAGUUGGGACAACAGGAAAAAUGACAACUAAAGUCACAUCAGAGACUGCACAUGUUGCUCCUAACACCACGGCCUCAGGUGCUACUGUUAUUGACAUGUCUUCAGCUGGGGCUGCUGUUGUUGACAUGACAUCAGCUGGGGCGCAGGGAAGGCCUAAAGAGAGCUCACAGUUAAAGACUGCAUCCGUCCCCCAAGUCAAAGCGACAACAGUUUCCUCUUCUGCCACUGGAGCGCCUGGAGCCGCUGGCGGAGCAGCGACUGGCGCAGCAGGCAGUGCUGCCGUUACCAAACCUAAAGAGUCUCCCAAAGGCACAACCAAGAGUGCUACUGCCACGGCAACAGUCAAAGCUGAUGAUCCUAAAGUUGAUCCUGCUAAAGUGUCAAAACCUGCUGCAGCAGCCACAGCUGUGGCUGGACAUGUCUCUGUGAAGGGGAAGACAGAUGAAGAUAAAUCUACACUUCCCAAGGUGCAGGUGGAGGUUAUCCCCCCUGAGGCCAGGGCCCCAAAACCAGCCAAAGAGGCGCCUGAAGUGGAUCCGUUUGAUGCCCUGGCUGAUAUUUUGCCACCAUCUGAACCCCUCCGCCCCCUACAACCUGUAUACACCGGGCCAGAGGUCAAAGAGCGUGACGUCACCUCCACAAAGGGUGUAAGAUGUGGAGAAAGAGAGGACACACUGCCGCCAGGCUACAGAUUUGAAGAUAUGGCUCCUGGUCUCGCAGAUGUCAAACCCAAAGAUGUUCCUAAACCGAUAAGCACAGAUGAAGCCCUCGAUUCUCUGUCAGCUGGCUUCCUGACCUCCACCGAUUCAGCUGCCCCCAAGAAACAAGAGAAAAUGGAUAAGGUUGACAGUGUCAGUGCCUCGUCUGCUGGCUUCUCUAACUAUGCACCGCCUCCCUCCACUCAGAAGAAACCUGAAACCGGUGCAGCUCCCUCUGUGGCUGUGAAUCCUGCUGCUUCUCCUGUUGAUAAGAAAGCCAAGAUGGAGAAAGCUGCUGAUGAUUUCUCUCUGACGGCUGGACUGUCUUCUGCUCCUCCCAAGAAACCUGAAGUUUCUGCUACUGUGGCUGCCCCUGUGGCCGUGAGUCCUCCUGCUCCCACAGAUAAGAAAGCAAAGGGGGAGAAAUCUGCAGCAGAUUUAUCUCUGAAGGCUGGACUGGGUGCCAAAGUGGACACUAAGCCCAAGACUGAUGAAGGUGCCUCUAUGUCUUUGGAUGCUCUCAGUGCUCUCGGGGACACCCUGGCUGGCCCCGAACCAACACCUGAACCCCCCAAACUCAGACCUGAGGACAUCAUCACGGAGCCAAAAUUCAAGGGCGAGAAAGGUGUGCGUGUGGGAGAAAGGGAGGACACUCUUCCUCCAGAGUACAGAUUCACAGAAGACAAACUCAAAGACCUGCCGGCUCCUAAACCUGAGCCCACCAUAGGGACUGGUGAUGCUCUGGACAUCUUGUCUGGAGACUUCCUGACCUCCUCUACAGCUCCUGCUGUCCAGGCUCCUGUCAUCACACCUUCAGCUCCUCCUGCACAGGCCAAAGUAGAGGAUCUGUCAGCUCUGGAAGCACUUGCAGGAGAUUUUGUGGCUCCAACGAAGGCUUCUGCUGUCCAGGCCCCCAUCCCUCCUCCUGCCAAGAAGACACCAGAGGCAGUUGUCUGUCCUGCAGGCAAACCCAGCCCAGCAAAACCCACUACUGAUGAGGGUGACUCAAUGUCUCUGGAUGCUCUCAGUGCUCUUGGUGAAUCCUUGGCAGCCCCCGAACCGAAGCCUGAGCCCCCCAAACUCCGACCUGAGGACAUCAUCACGGAGCCAAAAUUCAAGGGCGAGAAAGGUGUGCGUGUGGGAGAAAGGGAGGACACUCUCCCUCCAGAGUACAGGUUUACAGACGACAAGCUCAAAGACCUGCCUCCUCCUAAACCUGAGCCCACCAUAGGAACUGGAGAGGCUCUGGACAUCUUGUCUGGAGACUUCCUGACCUCCUCUACAGCUCCUGCUGUCCAGGCUCCUGUCGUCACACCUUCAGCUCCUCCCGCACAGCCUUCUGCAGACUUUGCCCUAGAUGCCUUGGCAGGAGAUUUUGUUGCGCCUACUGUCGCUCCUGCAGUGAAGUCUGGUGUUUCUCUUCCCACAGCAACCUCUCCCGAGCUGUCAACAGGAGCAACAGAUGCUCUGGAGGCUCUCUCAGACACCCUGAUGGACAUCGCUCCCACCCCUGCUGAACCUGCCCCGGUCCCUGAUAAAAAUAUUAUCAAGGAGAAGGAGCUCACUGAAGAGAGGCUGAUUAAGAUGGGGGAGAGAGACGACACACUGCCACCGGAGUUUCGACUCACUGAGGAAGAGCGCAAGGCAAUGGAAGAAGCCAAGGCCAAGGAGGCUGGCAAACCCAAGAAGAAGUCUAUGGAUGAUAAAACAGCCUUGGACUUGCUGUCCAGUGAUUUCUCUGCUGCUCCUGCGCCUGAGGCUCCAGCAGCAUCAUGUGCAGCAGCCUCAACAAAGCUCGUGCCUCCUGUGGUGGACUCACAGCCCCUCAAGCCCAUGCCGGGACCUGUCCUGGACUCCCUGUCCAGCACCCUGCUGCCAGACGCCCCAGAGUUCAAACCCAAGGGAGACAAACCAAAGGGCAAGAGCAAGUCAAAGUCAAAGUCCAAAAAACAUCAUGCAGAAGAUCCAUCUGCCCCUGAGCAGCUGUCUGGUCAGCUGAGUUCAGACGUUGUGCCAACAUCCACAAAAAAGGGAGGCAAGAGCUAGACGGCUCGGGUCUCGGUGCAAACUGUCCUCCCAGCCACAGGGAAGCGUUACUGAGGGAGCUGCUCUCUGGAUGAUGAAUCUAUUUUUUCUAAAUGGUCGAGAAUGUAUACUGGAGGAAAGACAGAUCUAGUGAUACCCAUAAAACAUGCUGACACGCAGCCACACACACACACACACACACACACACACACACACUCACAUACAGAGCUCUGUGCACAGAGCCCCCUUUGCUUGGUUUCACAUACAGUCAAGGACUGACAGCUUGUGAUUUCUGUCCUUUGAGAAACUGAAAGGACAGGCAUUAAAACAAGAGACAAAGAUGAUAGAACGAGGGACGAAUAGACAAAGAAGAGAGGGAAAUUGUAAAAUGUGGAUAUUAAAGAAGGAGUGAGAAGUUUGUUUUAUUUUAUUUUAUUUUUUUUUUUACAUGUUCAGAGUUGCUGGUUAGUGUGUCAAAGCUGUUGAGGGACGUAAGGCGAUGCCUGCCGAGAGUCCUGCCCGUGCAUCUCAGCCGACAGUUUCUGCUUUUCCAGCAACACACUAAAUGAACCCAACGCAGCCGUUAUUUCACCACGCUGUUGCUGCGAUGUUGCCACUUUGUUGGAGCACUAGAAACUGUCAGCUCGUCAGAAGGCAGUGCGGGGCGGGUGUAUAGGAUCGGGAUGUUCGUGCAAUCUUUGUGUACACAGAGAAGCCAAGUUUUCUAUUGUCAUGUGGUCAGAUUACGACACUAGUGUACAGCUUAGUUUGCUUAUACUGAUGCCAACAUUUAGUUUACAACAUUAAAAAUGUGUCAGUGGAUUUACAGGAUGUGGUCUGCUUGAUUCUGUAUCUGAGAACGUCUGGCAAAUGGUAUUUAGUUUCUGUGGCACAAUGUCUGUCAAGAGAAGGGUCUUACAUGUGUAUUUGGCCUUGUCGAAAAAGCUUCCAUUGGUUUCCAAAAGUGCACUUAACACAUUAACCUAUGUGGUUGCAGACUUUGUAAACUGCCUUUGUAUACUGUAAAAAAAAAAAAAGAAGAAAAAGAAAGAAAAAAAGAAUUAUGCUUUAUGUAAGACAACACUGUAUAAUUCACACAGUCCCAAAGGGCUCUCACUUUCAGCUGUAAAGUCAAAAUCAAUAUAGCUUACUUUCCCAAGAUUUUUUUUCCCUGUCUUUUUGUUUUUUUUUCAGGUGUGAGUCAAAAGUUAAGAGUGCUAUUUUCGAUGUGGGAGUACUAAUAAAAAAAAUAAAUAAAUCUGAAACUUAGAUAUGUGUAGUUGCCGUAUGUAGAGUCUGGCUUAUUUGUAUGUAAAAAAGAAGGGAUCGAGGACAAAUUUAUUCUGAGCAAUAAUGCGAUAAUAAUUUGACAAAAAAAAAAAAAAAAAAGAAAUGCCACAGUACUGUCUGGAGAAAUGCUGCACAUACUGAGCAUAAAUGUAUUGCAGAAAAAAAAAAA